AUGAAGGGCUUCGUAUUUGCUUCAGCCCUGGCCGCCGUUGGCACCGUCACGGCAUCGCCAACGGCCACCGAAAAGGAGCCCCCUACCAAGCGUGCCGGCUCUGUUGCUGUCACGGUUUCUGGCAACGCCUUCUGGAAAGGCAAGGAGCGAUUCUACCUCCGCGGCAUUGACUACCAGCCCGGCGGCUCGUCCGCCAACGAGGACCCUAUUGGCGAUCCCACUGUCUGUCUUCGCGAUAUCGCCGUCUUCAAGGAUCUGGGAGUGAAUGCCAUUCGUGUUUACGCCGUCGACAACUCUUUGAACCAUGACAAGUGCAUGCAGGCUCUCGAGGACGCAGGCAUUUAUCUGGUUCUCGAUGUCAACAACCCCAAGUACUCCCUCAACCGUCGUAACCCCGGGCCUUCAUAUAAUGCCAAAUACCUGCAGAGUGUUUUCGCCACUGUCGAUAUGUUUGCCCGCUAUCCCAACACCCUCGCCUUCUUCUCGGGUAAUGAGGUCAUCAACGACGAGAAGGACACUGACAAGGCUGCGCCGUACGUCAAGGCUGUCACUCGCGACAUCAAAAACUACAUGAAUUCUCGCGGUCUUCGCAAGGUUCCUGUUGGCUAUUCCGCUGCCGAUGUCUCUUCAAACCGAAUACAGACUGCCCACUACAUGAACUGCGGCACCGAUGACAUGCGAUCCGACUUCUUCGCAUUCAAUGAUUACUCGUGGUGCAACUCAAACUUCAAGCAGUCUGGCUGGGAUCAGAAGGUUAAGAGCUUCAGUGACUACGGCAUUGCUAUUUUCUUGUCCGAGUACGGAUGCAUUGACAACGGCCCCCGCAAGUUUGGAGAGAUUGGGGCCUUGAUGAACAGCCAAAUGACUAGUGUCUACUCUGGUGGUCUGAUGUACGAAUACACGUAUGAGGCUAACAAGUACGGUAUCGUCGAGCUCUCGGAUGGGCUCAAGUCCUCGUCUGUUAGUAAACGAGACGACGAGUUUAACGCAUUCAAGUCUGCUCUGAAGAACAACCCUGCCCCUACUGGUGCAGGCGGUGCGGCGUCGACCACUCACGCUGUCAACUGCCCUACCUCUGCUACUGGCUGGCAGGUUGACCCCAGUCUGGUCCCCGAAAUGCCCAGUCAAGCUCAGAAGUACAUGAAGAGUGGCGCUGGUAAGGGACCAGGUUUCGAGCUCGACGGUGAUGGCUCCCAGAACGCGGGUGACAGUGGUACCUCGACUGCUGGCGUUACUGGCGGUUCGCCCUCUCCCACUGGCAGCGGUGCCAAGGAAUCUGACAACGCUGGUAUUAGCACCGUCGGUCCUGUCGAGAAGGCACCCUUCAUCAUGACUGGAUUGGUCAUGUUUUUCACACUGUUUGGCGCCUUGCUUCUCUAA